GAUGCCCUGCGGCGCGGCGCUCCUAGGCUCGGGGACGCGCACGCAAUUCGCUGUCGUUGGCUGACUUCCGGUGGUGCCAAACCCGUUUCCGCGGAAUCAGGCCGGCAGAAUGGAACAAAAGUGGGACUUUUAAAAUGUUGCCCUGUAAGAAGAGAAGAACUACAGUGACAGAGUCCCUGCAGCAUAAAGGCAAUCAGGAGGAAAACAACGUAGACCUAGAAUCAGCUGUUAAACCAGAAUCUGACCAGGUUAAGGACUUGAGGUCGGUGUCACUGUCCUGGGAUCCAAGUCAUGGCAGAGUAGCUGGCUUCGAAGUACAAUCUGUGCAGGAUGCAGGAAAUCAGCUUGGUAUGGAGGAUACAUCUCUGAGCUCUGGGAUGCUCACCCAGGACACAAAUGUACCAAUUCUAGAAAGUGUUGAUGUUGCCAUCUCUCAGGGAAUCACCCUACCUUCCUUGGAGUCUUUUCACCCCCUUAAUAUACACAUUGGUAAAGGAAAACUCCAGGCUACUGGCUCAAAAAGAGGGAAAAAAAUUACACUGAGGCCUGGGCCAGUUACUCAAGAAGACAGACGUGAUCAUCCUAUCCUAAAGGAGCCUUUUUCAGAAGAGCCUAGUGAAGAAGUCAAGGAAGAAGGAGGGAAACCUCAAAUGCAUUCUGAAGGGGAGAUACCUUCACUGCCAUCAGGCAGCCAAUCUGCAAAACCAGUAAGCCAGCCCAGGAAAUCAACCCAGCCAGAUGUUUGUGCUUCUCCUCAAGAAAAGCCACUCAGGACUCUGUUUCACCAACCUGAGGAAGAGAUAGAAGAUGGUGGACUCUUCAUUCCAAUGGAAGAACAAGACAAUGAAGAAAGUGAGAAAAGGAGAAAAAAGAAAAAGGGUACCAAGAGGAAACGAGAUGGAAGGAGUCAAGAAGGGACCUUGGCAUAUGACCUGAAACUGGACGACAUGCUUGACCGUACCUUGGAGGAUGGUGCCAAGCAGCACAAUCUAACAGCGGUCAAUGUCCGAAACAUCCUUCAUGAAGUAAUCACAAAUGAACACGUGGUAGCUAUGAUGAAAGCAGCCAUCAGUGAGUCAGAAGAUAUGCCAAUGUUUGAGCCUAAAAUGACACGCUCUAAACUGAAGGAAGUAGUGGAAAAAGGAGUGGUAAUUCCAACAUGGAAUAUUUCACCAAUUAAGAAGGCCAAUGAAAUUAAGCCUCCUCAGUUUGUGGAUAUCCACCUUGAAGAAGAUGAUUCCUCAGAUGAAGAAUACCAGCCGGAUGAUGAAGAAGAAGAUGAAACUGCUGAAGAGAGCUUAUUGGAAAGUGAUGUUGAAAGCACUGCUUCAUCUCCACGUGGGGCAAAGAAAUCCAGAUUGAGGCAGUCUUCUGAGAUGACUGAAACAGAUGAGGAGAGUGGCAUAUUAUCGGAGGUUGAGAAAGUCACCACACCAGCCAUCAGGCACAUCAGUGCUGAGGUAGUGCCCAUGGGGCCCCCGCCCCCUCCAAAGCCGAAACAGACCAGAGAUAGUACUUUCAUGGAGAAGUUACAUGCAGUAGAUGAGGAGCUGGCUUCCAGUCCAGUCUGCAUGGAUUCUUUCCAGUCCAUGGAUGACAGUCUCAUUGCAUUUCGAACGCGUUCUAAGAUGCCCCUGAAAGAUGUUCCCCUGGGCCAACUAGAGGCAGAGCUCCAAGCUCCAGACAUCACUCCAGAUAUGUAUGACCCCAAUACAGCAGAUGAUGAGGACUGGAAGAUGUGGCUAGGGGGACUUAUGAAUGAUGAUGUGGGGAAUGAAGAUGAAGCAGAUGAUGAUGAUGAUCCAGAAUAUAAUUUCCUGGAAGACCUUGAUGAACCAGACACAGAGGAUUUCCGGACUGACCGGGCAGUGAGAAUCACCAAAAAGGAAGUAAAUGAGCUGAUGGAAGAGCUGUUUGAAACUUUCCAAGAUGAGAUGGGAUUCUCCAACAUGGAAGAUGACGGCCCAGAAGAGGAGGAGCGUGUGGCUGAGCCUCGACCUAACUUUAACACUCCUCAAGCUCUACGGUUUGAGGAACCACUGGCCAACUUGCUAAAUGAACAACAUCGGACAGUGAAGGAGCUAUUUGAACAGCUGAAGAUGAAGAAAUCUUCAGCCAAACAGCUGCAGGAAGUAGAGAAGGUUAAACCCCAGAGUGAGAAAGUUCAUCAGACUCUGAUUCUGGACCCAGCACAGAGGAAGAGACUCCAGCAGCAGAUGCAGCAGCACGUUCAGCUCUUGACCCAAAUCCACCUUCUUGCCACCUGCAACCCCAAUCUCAGUCCGGAGGCCAGUACCACCAGGAUAUUUCUUAAAGAGCUGGGAACCUUUGCUCAAAGCUCCAUCGCCCUUCACCAUCAGUACAACCCCAAGUUUCAGACCCUGUUCCAACCCUGUAACUUGAUGGGAGCUAUGCAGCUUAUUGAAGACUUCAGCACACAUGUCAGCAUUGACUGCAGCCCUCAUAAAACUGUCAAGAAGACUGCCAAUGAAUUUCCCUGUUUGCCAAAGCAAGUGGCUUGGAUCCUGGCCACAAGCAAGGUUUUCAUGUAUCCAGAGUUACUUCCAGUGUGUUCCCUGAAGGCAAAGAAUCCCCAGGAUAAGAUCGUCUUCACCAAGGCUGAGGACAAUUUGUUAGCUUUAGGACUGAAGCAUUUUGAAGGAACUGAGUUUCCUAAUCCUCUAAUCAGCAAGUACCUUCUAACCUGCAAAACUGCGCACCAACUGACAGUGAGAAUCAAGAACCUCAACAUGAACAGAGCUCCUGACAACAUCAUUAAAUUUUAUAAGAAGACCAAACAGCUGCCAGUCUUAGUAAAAUGCUGUGAAGAGAUCCAGCCACAUCAGUGGAAGCCACCUAUAGAGAGAGAAGAACACCGGCUCCCAUUCUGGUUAAAGGCCAGUCUGCCAUCCAUCCAGGAAGAACUGCGGCACAUGGCUGAUGGUGCUAGAGAGGUAGGACAUGUGACUGGAACCACUGAGAUCAACUCAGAUCAUGGCCUAGAAAAAGACAACUCGGAGUUGGAGAGUGAAACUCAGUACCCACUGCUAUUGCCUAAGGGUGUGGUCCUGAAACUGAAGCCAGUUGCCACCCGUUUCCCCAGGAAGGCUUGGAGACAGAAGCGUUCAUCAGUCCUGAAACCCCUCCUUAUCCAACCCAGCCCCUCUCUCCAGCCUAGCUUCAACCCUGGGAAAACACCAGCCCGAUCAACUCAUUCAGAAGCCCCUCCGAGCAAAAUGGUGCUCCGAAUUCCUCACCUGAUCCAGCCGGCCACUGUCUUACAGACAGUUCCAGGUGUCCCUCCACUGGGGGUCAGUGGAGGUGAGAGUUUUGAGUCCCCUGCAGCACUGCCUGCUAUGCCCCCUGAGGGCAGGACAAGCUUCCCUCUGUCUGAGUCCCAGACUUUGCUCUCUUCUGCCCCUGUGCCCAAGGUAAUGCUGCCCUCCCUUGCCCCUUCUAAGUUUCGGAAGCCAUAUGUGAGACGCAGACCCUCAAAGAGAAGGGGAGUCAAGGCCUCUCCCUGUAUGAAACCUGCCCCUGUUAUCCACCACCCUGCAUCUGUUAUCUUCACUGUUCCUGCUACCACUGUGAAGAUUGUGAGCCUUGGCAGUGGCUGUAACAUGAUCCAGCCUGUCAAUGCGGCUGUGGCCCAGAGUCCCCAGACUAUUCCCAUUACCACCCUCUUGGUUAACCCUACUUCCUUCCCCUGUCAAUUGAACCAGCCCCUUGUGGCCUCCUCUGUCUCACCCUUAAUUGUUUCUGGCAAUUCUGUGAAUCUUCCUAUACCAUCCACCCCUGAAGAUAAGGCCCACGUGAAUGUGGACAUUGCUUGUGCUGUGGCUAAUGGGGAAAAUGCCUUUCAGGGCCUAGAACCCAAAUUAGAGCCCCAGGAACUAUCUCCUCUCUCUGCUACUGUUUUCCCCAAAGUGGAACAUAGCCCAGGGCCUCCAUCAGCAGAUGCAGAGUGCCAAGAAGGAUUGUCAGAGAACAGUGCCUGUCGCUGGACUGUUGUGAAAACAGAGGAGGGAAGACAAGCUCUGGAGCCGCUGCCUCAGGGCAUCCAGGAGUCUCUAAACAACUCUUCCCCUGGGGAUUUAGAGGAAGUUGUCAAGGUGGAACCUGAAGAUGCGAGAGAGGAAAUCAGUGGAUCCCCUGAGCGUGAUAUUUGUGAUGACAUCAAAGAGGAACAUGCUGUGGAAUUGGACACUGGCGUCACAAGUGAGGAGUUGAACAGUGCUAGAGAGGUAAAGAAACAGACAGUCUUACAGAAGGAAGAGGAGAGGAGUCAGCCAGCUAAAACCCCUUCAUCUUCUCAAGAGCACCCUGAUGAAGGAACCUCAGGGACAGAUGUGAACAAAGGAUCAUCAAAGAAUGCUUUGUCCUCGAUGGAUCCUGAAGUGAGGCUUAGUAGCCCCGCAGGGAAGCCAGAAGAGUCACCCAGUGUUGAUGGUCAGUCAGUGGAGACUCCAGUUGGGCCAGAAACUGGAGGAGAGAAGAACGGGCCGGAAGAAGAGGAAGAAGAGGACUUUGAUGACCUCACCCAAGAUGAGGAAGAUGAAAUGUCAUCAGCUUCUGAGGAAUCUGUGCUUUCUGUCCCAGAACUCCAGGAAACAAUGGAGAAACUGACUUGGCUGGCAUCUGAAAGGCGCAUGAGUCAGGAGGGUGAGUCUGAAGAAGAGAAUUCUCAGGAGGAGAACUCUGAGCCGGAAGAAGAGGAGGAAGAAGAAGCAGAAGGAAUGGAAAGCCUACAGAAAGAGGAUGAAAUGAUGGAUGAAGCAGUUGGAGACUCAGCUGAGAAGCCUCCUUCUACUUUUGCCUCAUCUGAGACUGCUCCAGAAGUGGAAACCAGCAGAACUCCACCAGGAGAGAGCAUCAAAGCUGCUGGAAAGGGCCGGAACAAUCAUCGAGCUCGCAACAAGCGGGGAAGUCGGGCUCGGGCCAGCAAGGACACCUCCAAGCUGCUGUUGCUGUAUGAUGAGGACAUUCUCGAACGAGAUCCCCUCAGGGAGCAGAAGGACUUGGCCUUUGCCCAAGCUUAUCUGACCAGGGUACGAGAAGCCCUACAACAUAUCCCUGGCAAGUAUGAAGACUUCCUUCAAGUCAUCUAUGAAUUUGAGUCAAGUACCCAGAGACAGACGGCUGUAGAUCUCUACAAAAGCCUGCAAAUUCUGCUCCAAGACUGGCCUCAGCUGUUGAAAGACUUUGCUGCUUUCCUGUUACCUGAGCAAGCUCUGGCCUGUGGAUUAUUUGAGGAGCAGCAGGCUUUUGAGAAGAGCCGCAAGUUCCUUCGGCAGCUGGAGAUUUGCUUUGCAGAGAACCCCUCACACCACCAGAAGAUUAUCAAGGUCCUCCAGGGCUGUGCAGACUGCCUUCCGCAGGAGAUCACCGAGCUCAAGACACAGAUGUGGCAGCUCCUCAAGGGCCACGACCACCUACAGGAUGAGUUUUCUAUCUUCUUUGACCACUUGCGCCCAGCAGCUAGCCGGAUGGGUGACUUUGAAGAGAUCAAUUGGACUGAGGAGAAGGAGUAUGAGUUUGAUGGCUUUGAAGAAGUGGCCCUGCCUGAUGUGGAAGAAGAGGAGGAGCCUCCCAAGAUACCCACAGCCUCAAAGAACAAGAGAAAAAAAGAGAUCGGGGUCCAAAAUCAUGAUAAGGAGACUGAGUGGCCAGAUGGGACCAAGGACUGUGCCUGCUCCUGCCACGAAGGAGGUCCAGAUUCCAAGUUGAAGAAGAGCAAAAGGCGGAGCUGUAGCCACUGUAGCAGCAAGGUGAGGAAAGUAUCAAGGGUACUGCCUAAGGGGUAUCAGAGGUGCUGGGGGCAUUGUUUGCUACCAAGAAUUGUACCUUACUGAAUUCCUAAAAAGGCAUAUAUAUAUAUAUAUAUAUAUAAAACAGUCAGUACACAUAUAUGUGUACGUAUGCAAAAUAAAUGGAAUCUGCUA